GGGGGAGGUGGAUGAUGUGUUCCUUCAAGUCUUCAGACAACCCUCAGUGGAACUGCCGAAUGACAGGAUUUAGCUGUGCCUUUACAUGCUGAAACACCUUUUUCUGAGCAAGUGUCAGUAUUCCACUAACCGCAGCAAACAGCUUCUAAAACACUAAAGAUGGCAGAAGUACAGCUGCUCAUGAUUUUUUUGCUGGUGGCCACAGUUCACACUCAGGAAGAGUGUAGUGUCAGUUCAUGCCAUCCUCCACUUGGAGAUCUAAUGAUAGGUCGCAAUGCCCAGCUCUCUGCAUCUUCAACCUGUGGAUUAAGUGGUCCACAAAAGUACUGCAUUAUUGGAUAUCUGGAGGAUGAGCAGAAGUGCUUUACAUGUGACUCUCGAUACCCAUAUAAUCGCUACAACAACCCCAACAGUCAUCAAAUUGAAAAUAUCAUCACAACUUUUGAGCCAGAUCGAAAAUUGAAGUGGUGGCAAUCAGAAAGUGGUGUAGAACAUGUCAGUAUCCAAUUAAACUUGGAGGCUCUUUUUCAAUUCAGUCACCUUGUUCUGACAUUCAAGACUUUUCGACCUGCUGCUAUGCUAGUUGAGAGGUCAAAAGACAAUGGGAGAACCUGGAAGGUGUUCAGAUAUUUUGCCCAGGACUGUAAGGCCUCAUUUCCCUCAGUCCCAGAAGGCCCAUCUGAUAAUCUAGAAGACGUCAUCUGUGAUUCAAGAUACUCUGGAACUGAGCCAUCCACUGAUGGGGAGGUAGUUUUGAAAGCCUUGGAUCCCAAUUUUGAAAUUGAUGACCCAUAUGCUCCUCAUAUACAAGAGCUCAUUACCCUUACAAAUCUGCGAAUAAACUUCACAAGGCUUCUCACUUUGGGUGAUAAUCUGCUGGGAAGACGGAAACGCAACCCUCAGGACAAAUAUUACUAUGCUUUGUAUGAAAUGGUUGUACGCGGGAGCUGCUUCUGCAAUGGCCAUGCAAGUCAGUGCAUACUGGUGGACAACACAAGAGGCGAUGUGUUCAGAGAGCAAGGGAUGGUCCAUGGCAGAUGUGUAUGCCAGCACAACACAGAUGGAUUAAACUGCGAGAGAUGCAGAGAUUUCUAUAAUGAUGCCCCCUGGAGGCCAGCUGAAGAAUUGAACACACAUACCUGUACAAAAUGUAACUGCAAUGGACAUUCGAAGAAGUGUCAUUUUGACAUGGCACUGUAUUUAUCCAGUGGCGGAGUGAGUGGGGGUGUCUGUGAUGACUGUCAGAAUAACAGGGCUGGACCAAACUGUGAGCAGUGCAAACCCUUCUAUUAUCAAGACCCACAGCAACCUCUGACUGACCCUCAUGGGUGUAUCCCAUGUGACUGUGACCCAGAAGGUACUGUGAAUGGUGGACUGUGUGAGGCUCGCACGGACACCAUCUUAGGAACAGUGGCUGGGCGCUGCAAAUGCAAGGAGAAUGUGGAGGGGCUUAGAUGUGACCGCUGCAAGUCUGGAUAUUUUGGGAUAAACCGAGAUAAUCCCAAAGGAUGCCAGUUUUGCAGGUGCAACAGGCUGGGAAGCGUGCUGAUCCCUUCUCCCUGUGACCAAGUGACAGGAGAGUGUUUCUGCCAGCGCUUCACCACUGGACCCUUGUGUGAUGAAUGCUUGCCUGGAUACUGGGGUUUAGGCAAUUCAGUGCACAUCUGUACUCCUUGCGAUUGUGAUAUUGGAGGAGCAUAUAAUAACUUGUGCUCAUCAGUAGAUGGACAGUGUCAAUGCCUCCCCCACAUUAUUGGCCAUAGGUGUAAUGAACCAGCCGCUGGCUAUUUCUUUGCUCCUUUGGAUUAUUACCUUUAUGAAGCUGAACAUGCUGCACCUAUGACUGGUGGGCCCUCUCCUUUGGUAAAACCAACAGCUCUGCCAAAGUGCGAGCAUUAUUUCCACCAAAGAGGAUAUGACUUUAAGUACAAAAAUGGGAAAUUUGUCCUGACCAGAAUAAAUAAGCAGAAUGUCUGGGAAAGAAGACAAGAGCAACAGAACACCAUUUCCCUUGACCCAGGAUCUCCACUCCAGCUUGUGUUUCGAGAGCGAGUGGCAGGCAGACCUGUCACAUGGACAGGCCCGGGGUUUGUUAGGGUGCAGGAUGGAGCAGGACUGAGGUUCAAUGUCACAAAAGUCCCUUUCUCAAUGCAAUACUUUGUAGUGAUCCACUUUGAACCUGAAUCCACAGAUGACUGGACAGCAAACAUGAAAGUCUCUGUUAUAAGUUCACCUGUUGACGGACGCUGCCCAGAGGAACAAACACAGACCAAAACAGUAACUCUCUCUGGCUUGGCAAGAAUAGCCAUCUGGGAUAUGCCCAUCUGCUUGGACCUUGAUGGGAGUUAUCAAAUAGAUAUCACAUUUAAAACCCAAUCAAAUGCAAAUUCUCAGUCAUCCUUCAUCCUGAUUGAUUCGGUGGGUUUAAUUCCACAGAUUGAGUCCCUUCAGAAUUUCUGCUCCCAAAUUGAUAUAGAUGAGUAUCGACGGUACCAGUGCAUUGAGAUUGCAUCUGAAGUCGGAUCUCAGAUGUUACCUAAUGUGUGUGAGAGGCUUAUUGCCAGCAUGUCAGCUCGCAUACACAAUGGUGCUGUGUCCUGCAGGUGCAAUGCAGAAGGCUCUGAAAGUCCUUCCUGCAGUAAGUUUGGUGGUCAGUGUCAGUGCAAACCCAAUGUAAUUGGCCGAUGCUGUGAUACUUGUGCUCCAGCAACCUUUGGAUUUGGUCCCUAUGGCUGUACAGCUUGUGCCUGUGACCCUCAAGGUUCUGUCAGCGAAAUGUGCGAUCAAGUGAACGGACAGUGUCUUUGCCGAACGGAUGUUUCGGGAAGGCAAUGCAACCAGUGCCAGCCAGGAUACUUUGGAUUUCCUAAGUGCCGCCCAUGUCAAUGCAAUGGGAUGGCAGAGCUCUGUGACCCAAUAACUGGAACGUGUCUCAACUGCAAGGGGUUCUCCACAGGGCAGAACUGUGAAAGAUGCCUGGAUGGCUACUAUGGGGACCCCGUUUUGAAAGAACCUUGUGAACCGUGUAUGUGUCCAGACGCUAAAGGCAGUGGCCGCUAUUUUGCAAAUUCUUGCAGCAAAGAUCAGAAUGCCAUCCAAGUGGUCUGUAACUGCAUAGAAGGAUAUGCAGGCAGCCACUGUGACAGGUGUCCCUCUGGGUUCUAUGGCAAUCUGACGCAGCCAGGGAGUCAAUGUCUGGAAUGUCCCUGUAAUAAUAAUAUAGACCUCAGAGAUGAGAAUGCCUGUGACAAGAUAACAGGGCAAUGUCUCAGAUGUCUCUACAACACAGUGGGGCACAACUGCGAGUCCUGCAGGCCUGGUUUUUAUGGAUCAGCUCUGUCUCAAGACUGCAAAGAAUGCUCUUGUGAUGAGCUGGGUACUGACAGUGCCAGGUGUGUGGUUAAUGGGGUGUGUAUCUGUGAGCAGUCUUCUGGGCAGUGUCCAUGCUUACCCCAUGUGAUUGGAACAAACUGUGAUCAAUGUGAUGUGGGAUACUGGAACCUGGAAAAUGGUAGAGGCUGUCAGCCAUGUGACUGCAAUUCAGCAAACUCUCUUAGCAACCAGUGCAAUCAGAAUACUGGCCAGUGUCCCUGUCGACCAGAUUAUGGAGGAAGAAAAUGUGAUGAAUGUGGGGAAAAUUUCUUUGGAGACCCUGAGCUACAGUGUAUUUCAUGUGACUGCAGUGUUGAAGGAACUGAGAAGCCAGUGUGUGAUAAGUUCACUGGGGAGUGUAACUGCCGUCCUGGUGUGAUUGGUGCCUUUUGUGACAAGUGUGCCCAUGGCUAUGAUGCAGAGUUUCCAGCUUGCACUCCCUGUCACCCCUGCUUCCUGCUCUGGGACAAAAACAUCACCGGCAUUCGGAACACCUUCCAAAGGCUAAACAGCAGCGUGUCUCAUUGCAGUGACAGUAACAUUACAAUCUAUGACAACCAGCUACAAGACAUGGAGAGCAAGCUGCAGGAACUGCAGGAAUUUCUGAACACCUCAGUGGCUUCUUCAGAUGAAAUAGAAAAUCUUGAACACUUCUGUGAAAAAAUCAACAAAGAAAAAGAUGAAAUAGAUCCGAACACAAUUUUUAUGGACUGGACUUCAUUGUUGAACAGUGAUAUUGAUACUAUUAGAUAUGACUUUAACAGGCUUUUUGAAGAUUUGAAGGACAAAGUGAAAGCCCUUCCGAACUUUGACACAAAAGUACUGUUAAGAGCAUACGAUGUCACCAGAAAGCACCAUACAGAUUUCAUGUUUGCAGAACAAAAGAAAAAACAAGCUACAACCCUCAUUGAUGAAUCCCAGAAUACAAGGGAAAAGGCAGACAGUCUGCUGGAUAAGACAUGUCUGCAGAAUGACUGGGAGAGUUUAGAGAAAAAGGUCAAGGCUCUGACUGUAGCAAAUCUAAAUGAAAAAAUCUGUGGCUCCCCAGGUGAUGCUGAAUGCUCCAAGGCAAGAUGUGGGGGGGCUCUUUGUGUAAGCUUUUUUGGAUACAGAAAAUGUGGAGGUCCUGACUGCAGUGGUAGCCUCCCACUCUCCCAGAAUGCUACUAAAACAUCAAAGCAAGUGGAAGAGUCCAUUAAUUACCUUCUAAACCAGCUACAAUAUUCUCAGAAAGAGAUUAAUGAUGCACUGCAGAAAACAAAAGAAACUAAAGAGAAAGCAGUGGAUCUGAUGAAGAGAAUAGAAAGCACAAGAACAAAAUUUCAUAAAGAAAAGGAAGACACAAUAACUCUUAUUAAGAAAGUAAAGGAGUUUUUAACAGAUGACAGAGUGGAACCAGAUGACAUUGACAAAGUUGCUACAAUUGUCCUAUCAUUUAAGCUACCCAGCUCACCCAAAAAUCUGGAAGACAUGAUCAAAAAGAUCCAGAGCAUCUUGAUUAACUGUACAGAAGUGGAAGUUGAAUUGAAAAACCUAAAUGAACAGCUCCAGAAGGCAAACACGCUAGUGGAAGAAGGAAAGAAUGCUGAGGCAAAAGCAAAAUCUGUCGACUUCAGAAAAGUAAAGAAGGCCUUAGAGAAUGCUAACAAGAUUCAAGACAGAGUCGAAAAGACACUUGCCUCAACAAAACCUAGUACCAAAGCCAUCAAUGACAAAAUUGCAGAGGCAGAAGAAAAGAUAAACGACACUGAAAAUGCCUUUGACUUUGCAAGAGUGCAAAUUUUACUAGAGGAAAUAGAGGCACUAAAGAACAAAACUGCAAUGAACAGACUACAAGCCAAGGAGGCAAAGGCUGCAGCAGAAACUGCCUUUAAUAAAGCUACAGAUGGUGAGAGGCAAUUAGAUGUCGUCUUUGACGAACUCAACAAGUUGAAAGAAAAGGCAGAAGACCAGGAAGCUUCCAAUGAGGCCAAUGAAAAAAUAGAGAAACUAAAAAUGGAUGCUGAAAAUCUAGCAAAAACUGUUGAAGAAAAAAUUAAGCUCCUAACAGACUUAGAAAAUAGAAUCCAAGAUCUUAACAAGAAAAAAGAAGAUAAAGCUAAUGAAAUUGCCAAUCUAGAAGAAGUAAUUCAAGCAAUCAGGAAAGAACUCCUAGACCGUGGAAGAGGAUACAACACCUGUUAGCUUAAUCUACAACAAAGCUUAUAAAAUGCCCCAUUGCAGCUAAUCUUUCCUCAUGUUGUUAUACUUAUCAAUAUUGUAUUUUUUCUACUGGCUAUUGUUGAAAAUGAAUUAUCAAGCUCAUGCAAUUAGAAAUGUAAUCUAUAAUACUAACCUUCUAGGCUAAAAAUAAAAUUCUUUUCAGUUAAGGGGUGUUGUUUUUAUAGUGGAAGAUUUUUUUUUGUUGUGAAAAAUG